AAACAGGGAGAUGACGAAGAGGCAGCGAUUGACCAAGGAAGAACGAGCAACGUCGUCAAUAUUCACUAUGAGAAGGAGGAGUUGGAAGGCCACCGGACCCUGUACGUGGGCGUGCGGAUGCCGCUGGUGAGGCAAAGCCACCGGCAUCACCGUCCCCACAGCCAGAAGCAUCGGGAACGGGAACGGGAGAAGGACUCUGCCCCGACGGAGCAGGGCUACCACUGUAAGUCCCGCCACACUCCGUCCCAGCGAGUGCAGUUCAUCCUCGGGACCGAGGAGGACGAGCAGCACGUUCCCCAUGACUUGUUCACCGAGCUGGAUGAGAUCUGCGUGAAAGAGGGUGAAGAUGCCGAGUGGAAGGAAACGGCAAGGUGGCUGAAGUUUGAGGAGGACGUGGAAGACGGCGGCGAGCGCUGGAGCAAGCCCUACGUGGCCACGCUGUCCUUGCACAGCCUCUCUGAGCUGAGGAGUUGCAUCAUCAACGGGACGGUGCUGCUGGACAUUUGUGCCAACAGCAUCGAAGAGAUUGCAGAUAUGAUCCUGGGCCCGCAAGACCAGUCCACGGAGUUUGACGAGCACGUGCGGGCAAAAGUUCGAGAAGUCCUACUGAAGAAGCAUCACCAUCAGAAUGAGAAGAAAAGAAACAACCUUCUUCCCAUCGUCCGCUCGUUUGCUGAUGUGAGCAAGAAGCAGUCAGACCUGCACCUCCUUGACAAGCCAGCCCAAACACUCACCCCGCAUCCUUCUCCUACCACUGCAGAAGCUAAAAAUGGGGUGAACCACGAGAGCAACGCGAUGGACUUAAGCAAGGCGCAGCUGCAUUUCAUGAAGAAAAUUCCCACCGGGGCUGAAGCAUCCAACGUGCUCGUAGGAGAGCUGGAUUUCCUUCGCCAGCCCAUCGUGGCAUUUGUCCGCCUGACCCCGGCUGUCCUCCUCUCGGGCAUGACGGAAGUUCCCAUCCCAACAAGGUUCCUGUUUGUUUUGCUUGGACCAGAAGGCAAAGCCCAUCAGUACCAUGAGAUCGGCAGGUCCAUGGCUACUAUCAUGACGGAUGAGGUUUUCCGUGACGUUGCCUAUAAAGCCGAGAACCGGGCUGACCUCGUGGCCGGCAUCGACGAGUUUCUGGAUCAGGUCACGGUCUUGCCGCCAGGAGAAUGGGAUCCAUCGAUCCGAAUCGAGCCCCCGAAAAACGUCCCUUCGCAGGGAAAAAGGAAGAUGCCAGGAGCUCUCGAUGACAGUGCUUCUCACAGCAAGCCAGAGAAACACAGUGGUCCUGAACUGGAGCGCACGGGAAGGCUCUUUGGAGGUUUGAUCCUGGACGUGAAGCGCAAAGCCCCGUGGUUCUGGAGCGACUUUCGGGAUGGUCUGAGCCUGCAGUGUCUGGCGUCCUUCCUCUUCUGUGCCUGCAUGUCCCCUGUCAUCACCUUCGGGGGACUGCUGGGGGAGGCGACCGACGGCCACAUCAGUGCCAUGGAGUCACUGCUGGGCGCAUCCAUGACCGGCGUGGUGUAUUCCCUCUUUGCUGGCCAACCUCUCACCAUCCUCGGCAGCACUGGACCCAUCCUCGUGUUCGAAAAGAUCCUCUACAAAUUCUGCAAGGAGUACGCGCUCUCCUAUCUCUCUCUGCGGGCCUGCAUCGGGCUGUGGACUGCCUUCUUCUGCAUAGUGCUGGUGGCCACCGACGCCAGCUGUUUGGUGUGCUACAUCACCCGCUUCACCGAAGAAGCCUUCGCCUCCCUCAUCUGCAUCAUCUUCAUCUACGAGGCUCUGGAGAAGCUGAGUCACCUGCGAGAGACCUACCCUGUGCACAUGCACAGCAAGCUCGACUUCCUCACCGUCUACUACUGUAAGUGUGAGGCACCAAGCCAUCCCAGCAAGGCAACCCUGCGUUUCUGGGAGAGCAACGAGAUCGACGUGUCUGGCAUCGCCUGGGAAAACCUCACGGUGACUGAAUGUCGGUAUUUGCAUGGAGAGUUUCACGGACCUGCCUGUGGACGCAAUGGCCCCUACGCGCCUAAUGUCCUCUUCUGGUGCUGCAUCCUCUUCUUCUCCACCUUUGUCCUGUCGAGCUUCUUGAAGAAGUUUAAAAGCAGCCGUUACUUCCCAACCAGAGACCGAUCCUUCCGAGAUUAA